GGAAGUGGAUGCCUGGCUGGAAGGCGUGAGGAUCGUUCUGCUCUCUGACCUGGAAGCACAAUGUCAUCAGAAUCCAGCAAAAAAAGGAAACCCAAAGUGAUCCGAAGUGAUGGAACCCCAACUGAAGGGAAACGGAAUCGAUCUGACACAGAGCAGGAAGGCAGAUACUAUAGCGAGGAGGCUGAGGUUGACCUGCGGGACCCCGGCAGAGACUAUGAGUUGUACAAGUACACUUGCCAGGAGCUACAGAGGUUGAUGGCUGAGAUCCAGGACCUGAAGAGCAAGGGCAGCAAGGACGUGGCCAUUGAAAUAGAAGAACGAAGGAUCCAGAGCUGUGUGCAUUUCAUGACUCUAAAGAAGCUUAACCGAUUAGCCCAUAUCAGGUUAAAGAAAGGAAGAGAUCAGACCCACGAGGCCAAGCAGAAAGUCGAUGCCUACCACCUACAGCUGCAGAACCUGCUCUACGAAGUGAUGCACCUGCAGAAGGAGAUCACCAAGUGUCUGGAGUUCAAGUCAAAGCAUGAAGAAAUCGAUCUGGUCAGUUUAGAGGAAUUUUAUUCAGAAGCUCCACCAAACAUCAGCAAGGCCGAGAUCACCAUGGGAGACCCUCACCAACAGACGCUGGCACGUUUGGACUGGGAGCUGGAGCAGCGGAAAAGGCUGGCAGAGAAGUACCGAGAGUGUCUGUCCAACAAGGAGAAGAUCCUGAAGGAGAUCGAGGUGAAGAAGGAGUAUCUCAGCAGCCUCCAGCCCCGCCUCAACAGCAUCAUGCAGGCUUCCCUGCCGGUGCAAGAGUACCUGUUCAUGCCAUUCGACCAGGCUCACAAGCAGUACGAGACCGCCAGGCACCUGCCGCCUCCCCUCUACGUGCUCUUUGUGCAGGCCACCGCAUACGGGCAGGCCUGUGCUCAUAUGACCUCCUCCCAGCCCCCUAGACAGGAUAAGACGUUGUCUGUGGCGAUUGAAGGCAGUGUGGAUGAAGCCAAAGCCCUUUUCAAGCCCCCCGAGGACUCCCAAGAUGAUGAGAGUGACUCGGAUGCUGAAGAGGAGCAGACCACGAAGAGGCGUCGGCCCACACUCGGGGUUCAGUUGGAUGAUAAGCGCAAGGAGAUGCUGAAAAGGCACCCGCUGUCUGUCCUGCUGGAUCUGAAGUGCAAAGACAACAGUGUGCUCCAUCUGACUUUCUUCUAUCUCAUGAACCUCAACAUCAUGACAGUGAAAGCCAAAGUGACGACCGCCAUGGAGCUGAUCACCCCCAUCAGUGCAGGCGACUUACUGUCUCCUGACUCGGUCUUGAGCUGCUUGUAUCCUGGAGAUCAUGGAAAGAAAACUCCAAAUCCAGCCAAUCAGUAUCAGUUUGAUAAAGUUGGCAUCCUGACUUUGAGAGACUAUGUACUUGAGUUAGGUCACCCCUACUUGUGGGUACAGAAGCUGGGUGGCCUCCACUUCCCCAAAGAGCAGCCCCAGCACACGGUGAUGGCUGACCACUCACAGAGCGCUAGCCACAUGGAGACCACCAUGAAACUGCUCAAGACUAGGGUACAGUCCCGCCUGGCUCUCCACAAACAGUUCGCAUCUCUGGAACAUGGCAUUGUGCCAGUCACCAGCGAGUGCCAGUACCUCUUCCCUGCCAAGGUUGUUUCCCGACUGGUAAAGUGGAUGAUAAUGGCCCAUGAAGAUUACAUGGAGCUGCACUUCACUAAGGACAUUGUAGAGGCCGGCCUGGCUGGGGACACCAACCUCUACUACCUGGCGCUUAUCGAAAGGGGAACAGCUAAGCUUCAGGCUGCUGUGGUACUGAACCCUGGCUACUCCUCCAUCCCACCUGUUUUCCGACUCUGUCUAAACUGGAAAGGGGAGAAAACCAACAGCAACGAUGACAACAUUCGGGCUAUGGAGAGUGAAGUCAAUGUGUGCUAUCGGGAGCUCUGCGGCCCUCGGCCCAGUCACCAGCUCUUGACCAACCAGCUGCAGAGGCUGUGUGUGCUGCUGGAUGUCUACCUGGAGACCGAGAGCCAUGAUGACAGUGUAGAGGGCCCCAAGGAAUUUCCCCAGGAGAAGAUGUGCCUGCGGCUCUUUAGGGGUCCAAGUAGGAUGAAGCCGUUUAAAUAUAACCACCCUCAGGGAUUCUUCAGCCACCGCUGACAGACUUCCCUCUCUACCUGUCAGCCCCCAAGCCCUGCCCUGACUCCUGGGUAUCUGAGUUUUGCUUUGGCCGCCUGUGGUUCUUGAUAUUUUCCAAAGACACCGGCUAAUUAAAAUGUCGUGUGACCAAA